AUGGAUAUCUCCGACCAGACCGUGCAGAGGAUCCAAAGCUUCGCAGAACAACGCCAAGAAGCGGAGCAUGAAUAUGCAAAGGAGCCUCUCAGCGGUACUGCCCUGCAUGCAUAUACGCGACGGUUAGAUGCAACCUUGCAAGGAUUUCAAGAGCAAAUCAAACGCCAACAGGAUGAAUUGAACAAGCUGCGUGAGAUCAAUUCAAUCGAUCUCUCAGAGGCGAGCAAUGACCCUUGGGUCCGCAUAUCUCAAGCAAGAAGGGCCAAGAAAGCAUACGACUCGCUUAUGAAGUCCGAUGAUGAGCUUCCAUCAACAGACUCCGUGCUACCAUCGCUACUAGCUCUUGAGGAAACAUCACACCUUGUCCAAGAGACAAAGGUAUCUGUGAGAUUGGCCGCUGAGCAGCUGUCUGUCAACCGAGAGCGCCUUCGAGUCGAAGACGCUAAUCUGCGUGACUCGCAAUCAAUCGCAAAUGGACUCCGAGAGCGCAUUGAGAAAAUUCGCAAUGAAAGCGCAAGGAAAGAAGAGCAGACGCCCUCACAAAUAGCGCGCGAACACCUCGCUCAGCAAAAGAAGCAAAACAAAGAUCUGGACCGUUCUUCUGCUAGCCUCAAGGUGUCUCUAGAUACUUUUAUAGAUGACACCCUUGCACCUAUGCUCGCUGCUGAGGAUAUGGGUGGCCCGACCGUUGGUGAUGCUCUCGAGGUGUCGGAUUCCACGCUGAAGGCGGGCUAUACGGCAAGCGGCAAGCCCAAGAAACAAAAGGACCCAGUUGAUGCGGAAGGUGGGUCACAGCAACGGAUUGAUCAAUUUUUGCAGCGCAAUGCAGAUGAAGCCCCUGCAAACAAAAGAGAGACCGCGGCGAAAGAGAUGCAUACUUUGCUCGAGGCCAUGUUGGAGACUGGAUCUUACAUUGACCUUGAGCGGGAUUCGGCGUCAUCCAGGUUCCUUGUGAGAGCAAAGGUCGCCCAGUUCCAUCCUCGGGAUGCACGCCGACUCCGGCUGAUUGAUUUUGGUCGCUCGCUAGGGAAUUGA